CUUGCUGUAGUCACAUCGUGUUUGUCACUGAUUUCUUGAUACUCAUAUAACAUUACAAACGCGAGUGACUGUGAAAAACGACCCAAGUUUUACUUCAAGGUCACCCGCUGAAGUUCUUAUCCAAGCCUCCGUAGGUAAAUCUUUAUUGGCUAGUUGCGUGAAGAAAUGAGUUUUAACAAAUACUCCAUAAUCAAGCUUGCAGACUACUUCAGAUUACGACGUGAAACUUCUCGUUAAAGUGAAGAGGACUCAAAAGUCACUAUGACUUCUCAGAAUAGGAUUGUUUUUACUAAAUUAUUGUUGUGUUGUUUUGUGACCGCGGCGUGGGCAAGAUCAUGGGCAAACCACCAUGAUACAACAACGUCAACAACUCACACUACUCCAACUACUAGUCAAUUACCUAAAAACUUCCACAAUGAUCCGCUCAUUGUUGAAACGAAAAGCGGUCUUGUCAAGGGCUACGCCAAAACUGUGAUGGGUAGUGAAGUACAUAUAUUCACGGGAAUUCCCUUUGCUAAACCCCCACUAGGACCCCUGAGGUUUCGUAAACCUGUCCCCAUAGAACCAUGGCAUGGCGUCCUCGAAGCCACAUCCAUGCCAAACAGUUGCUACCAAGAAAGAUAUGAAUAUUUCCCUGGCUUCGAAGGAGAAGAAAUGUGGAAUCCAAAUACUAAUAUCUCGGAAGAUUGUCUGUAUUUAAAUAUCUGGGUACCGCAGCAUUUGCGAGUACGACAUCAUCAGGACAAGCCGUUAGCUGAAAGACCUAAUGUACCGAUUCUUGUUUGGAUAUACGGUGGAGGGUACAUGAGUGGAACAGCUACACUUGACCUCUAUAAGGCGGACAUAAUGGCUGCAUCUAGUGAUGUAAUAGUGGCGUCCAUGCAAUAUAGAGUUGGCGCUUUCGGAUUUUUAUAUUUGAACAAAUUCUUUUCCCCCGGUAGCGAAGAAGCCCCAGGGAACAUGGGCCUAUGGGAUCAACAGCUGGCUAUUCGUUGGAUCAAAGAUAACGCGCAAGCCUUCGGCGGCGAUCCUGAGUUGAUAACGUUGUUUGGGGAAUCAGCUGGCGGCGGCAGCGUAAGUUUACACAUGCUCUCUCCUGAAAUGAAAGGAUUGUUCAAAAGAGGAAUAUUGCAAUCAGGGACUCUGAAUGCACCUUGGAGUUGGAUGACCGGUCAGCGAGCUCAGGAAAUUGGAAAAGUUUUGAUCGACGAUUGCAACUGUAAUAGCAGCCUUUUAGCGGCGGAUCCGAGUCUAGUGAUGGAUUGCAUGCGCGGAGUGGAUGCUAAAACUAUAUCUGUUCAACAAUGGAAUUCAUACACUGGUAUAUUAGGCUUUCCAUCUGCACCUACUGUUGACGGCAUAUUCCUCCCGAAAGAUCCCGAAACAAUGAUGAAAGAGGGCUAUUUUCAUAAUACCGAAGUGCUGCUGGGAAGCAAUCAAGACGAAGGAACUUACUUUUUGCUGUACGACUUUCUUGAUUACUUCGAGAAAGAUGGGCCCAGUUUUCUUCAACGCGAAAAGUUCUUAGAAAUCAUAGACACCAUUUUCAAAGAGUUCUCAAAGAUAAAACGAGAAGCCAUCGUGUUUCAAUACACCGACUGGGAGGAGAUAACGGAUGGUUAUUUGAACCAAAAGAUGAUUGCAGAUGUUGUUGGCGAUUACUUUUUCGUAUGCCCGACAAAUUAUUUCGCUGAAAUACUUGCUGAUGCUGAAGUUGAUGUCUACUAUUAUUACUUUACACAUCGUACCAGCACCAGCCUUUGGGGUGAAUGGAUGGGAGUGAUGCAUGGAGAUGAGAUGGAGUAUGUGUUUGGCCAUCCCCUGAACAUGUCCUUACAGUACCAUACUAGGGAACGAGACCUCGCUGCUCACAUUAUGCAGUCCUUUACAAGAUUUGCGCUUACUGGCAAGCCUCACAAACCGGAUGAGAAGUGGCCACUAUACUCCCGGUCAUCGCCUCAUUACUACACAUAUACGGCCGACGGCCCGAGCGGACCCGCCGCCCCACGGGGACCACGUGCGUCGGCUUGUGCAUUCUGGAAUGACUUCCUGCUAAAACUCGAUGAGUUGGAGCAUGUACCAUGCGACGGAGCGGUAACAGGGCCGUACAGUAGCGUCGCCGGCACUACUUUACCAAUAGUACUACUUACCACCCUUGCUACUACCGCGGCACUUUAAAUUCUCUAAGGCACCAGUAGAAAAUUACACGUAGCGAGGGAGCUUGCUUGAAUAGAUCCAACUACUUACUAGUUAAGAUAUCUGACACAUUUAACAAAUGACUGUUUUGAAAUAACGUCACGACACUAUUAUGACAAAACUUGCAAGAUUCAAAUGUCAUUCCAAUAAUGGCUUUAAAUCGUUGUAUUAAAAUUACAGAAAAUAGGAGUAUCACUCAUUAUUGAACGCUUCGUGUGAAUUUGAUACCAAUCGAAAAGUUUCGUUCCGUAGAGUGAUAAAAAUAUCAGUACCAUAUAUAAUUUAAUAAAUCGCGUUACUAUGGUAAUCGAUGUUAAAUAGUUGGCUGUUUAUUGAUGGAUGGGUGUUUUUCUAAUUAGUAUUGUAGCAUAAAUUAAAAAGUAUACUAUAAGGGCGAUGUUAAUAACUUAAAACUCACGUUAAAUAAAUAUUAUAAAGUUGAAAGAAACCAUCGUCCAUAGAACACGUAAAAUUAUAUUUUUUAAAUAUAUGUGAUAAUACAUUCCGCUAACAUAUAUAUAUAUAUAUAUAGAUUUAAGCAUGAAUUAUUAAAUUCAAAUAGACAAAGUAUAUGUGGAGGUGUUUUAGAAGCAAAUAUGUGUGGGCUUUUGUUAAAGCAAUGCUCUGCUUACACUUCAACUAUCACUAUACAUAUCAAUGUGUGCCUCGGCUUUAAUAGCAAUUGAUACAUAUCGUAAUCGUAGAGGAAUUUUAGAAAUUUGUAUUAAAAAAACUAUUAAUAUAGAAUUUAAAAAGUGAGUUAAAUUUUUACUAAUAUACAUCUAUUUAGGAUGCUACCAUUUAAAAGUCUUAUGAAUUCAAAAAUCUUAUGACUUGACAAAUUAGUAUUUUGUAAAUAUAUCUUCUUAGAUCGCUUUCGAUCAAACACUGUCUAUACAUAUCAACACAAAGUGCUAAGAGCUAUGCUAAUUAGACUCAUAAUGAACUUUUUAUAGAAUAUUGCACUUUCUUGCAAGAAUGCUGAAAUAUAAUGUAGAUCUAUCUCUAUUAUUGCAAAGCUGAUUUAUGGUAUACAAUAUUAUGAACAUACACACAAUCGUUAAUCGUUAUCUAAAGGUUAAAAGGCAUGUUAAAUAUCACUCACACACACCAAUCGCUUAACUUGAUUUGGUUGAGAUAACCUGAACAACUGUUUUAACAGCGCAUUUUAACCUUUAGUAUUUUACGAUUUAGUACCAAUUUUAUCUAUUAACUAUAUUUUCAAUACACAAGAGCCCUAUGGUCAUUAAAGAUAAAGACUUUUUCUAUAGUUUAGUAAAGAAAAACAUAUCUUGAGAAACCAAAUUGAAGUGGCAAUUGUGUAUUUAGAAAUUCUUAUUUUUUGUAGUAUACAAAUUAAUCGUGUAAAAAUAAUGCUUUAAGUGGAAAUCAUCUUAUGAAUUUAGUAAAAUUGAACAAAAUAUUUAUAUCUUUAGCGAUAGAUAUAUGUAUACCUAUAUGUACGUCAAUUACUAUCCUUGAAAAAGCUAGGUAUAAUGUGUAAUAUUUACCGAUUUUGUUAUCCUGUGACAUAAAAAGUUACUACACCUUGCAGAUUAGGAGAUAUAAAAGUACAUAGUUUUAAAACCCAUCCUUAAUAUAUUUACGAGAUAUUUAAACUGAAAACAGAUUGAAAAUGAAAAAAAAAUAUCUUUAAAAAUAUUAAAUAUUUCAUGUCCUAUGCUGAGAAACUACUUUCAAACCUUGUAUGAUAAUUAUACUACAUAUCAAAAAUAUAUACUCUUCACUAUUAUAUAAUCACGAACUACUAUAAACCUACUAUAUUAUUUGAACAAUAAAUAGUAAUUAGAAGGACCAUAUUCAAUAUAUUUAAUACGCUCUUAACUACUUGACUUUUAAGUUAGAAUUUUACGCCGCUAUUUUUUAGUUCUAAUUUCAAAGAUCAAACGGUAUUAAUAACGUAAUAAUGUUUUGCGUUUCUAAUUGACAUUAAAAGUUUCACGAUAGUGAUAAAGACAAAACAUCCAAUAGCUAUUCGAGGUUUUAAUUUAAAUGUAGAUUACCAAACGAUUUAACAUUAUUUAUGCUUUCAAACUAAAUUUUAUUAUGGCGUAAAAAUAAAGCCUCCAGACCUCAGGCUCCCUUAUAUCUUACCAAAUCACAAAGCACCAAGCAGUUUCUAUAGAUUUAGAUAAUUCCAAUAUUCGAAUCUAUUUCGAUAAAUUUUAUAAAAAUUAUUUUAAUUGCGAAUGCAACAGUUCGGCACAAAUGCUUUGUUGAGCACACAAAAAUGAAUUGUCUGGGAUAGCUUUAAUUAGUUUAAUAUAAGAAUCUUGUAAAUCAUAGCUAUAUUUUAACUUCUAACGAUUGUAAGUAAUAGGUGGUAGCCGUAUUAAAAUAGGUAUCCUAAUAUUUUUGUUUUAUUUUCCUUUUUUUAUUAGUUUUUAGAUAAUUCAUGCUACUUUAUGUUAUCUAAAGCUUUAGUUGUACAACUACUAUAAAUAUAGGUAAUGCUUAAUGAUGUAUAAUUAGAAUCAAUGUGUUUUGCUGUUAGUGCAAUGGAUUAUGGACCUAUUUAAAGCAUUUCAUAUGUUGACGUAGAAUUAACAUUACUUGUUAAUCAUUUUUUUACGUACAUUAAUUAUAUUAAAGAACCUACAGUGCAAGAUUAUUUGAAAUUAUUUAAAUAUAUUUUUAUACGUCACUACUUCUAUCGUUAU